AUGAUGACAUUGACUCUAGACGACAACCCGCUGUCUUUCCCACUAGUUGAGCAUCUACUCUACACGCCGUCUCUGGUGCACGCUGUUCAAAGCGUCAGCGCAGGGCAGAAGGGUUUCUUUGGUGCUACAGCAGUUCAGACUUGUCUUCGGGAGAGGGGUCUCGCGAUCCGAGCACUUCGCAUCGAGUUGCGGGAUCAUGAACUGAUCAAGCCGGCCUCGCUGCUCAGCGUGUUUCUGCUUGGCAUCUCUUCUUCGUGGACUGAGGAGAAGCCCAUUUGUUAUGGUAAAGAACACUUGUCAGGGGCACGUACGCUGCUUGCCAAGGCUCUGAUGGACGAAAAGAAGAAAGACGAUCCCGUUAUACAGUACAUUCUGGGCUGGUAUUUGUACUGGGAUAUGACGUGCGCCUUCGUUGCGGAGCCCGAUGAUUAUGAUGCUUCGCCGAUGAACGAGGUGGAAGUGGUCACGGCGAUUGAGAGGAGUAGAACAUCGUUCCAUCCCAUGAUCGGAUUCUCGGCGAAGCUGUUCUACAACCUUGCCUCAGUGGGUCGUCAUUGCCGGAGAGUACUGGCAACGGGCGUCGGUGAUGCGGAUCUCGAAACCAUGCUUGAAAUAGAGUUACUCUCCUGGAAUCUUGAUCAUGGUGACAAGACGCUGAUAGACAUGAGUUUCGCGUAUCGGAACCAUGGUCUCAUCAUGUUGUACGAAAUUUACGGGCGACGACAUCAACCGGAGGUGAAUGUAUACUCAACGAUGGGUAAAGAACAUGAUCUCAGCUGUGUUAUCAGACUACUUGCUAUGGAAAGCUUGAAAAGACUGCUGGAUACCCCUAUUGAUGCAGCAUGUAUCAACUUCCACUCAAUGCCGCUCCUUACGGCCGGGGCGCAAUUGCGACACGAUGACACUCGGAUGCGAGUGAGAGUUGUCGACCGCUUUAAGGAUUUAUACUCGACAAAUCGUAUCAUGGUUAACAUAUGGGCUAUUGAGUUGUUAGAGGAGCUUUGGGUAUUGCGCGACGGCGGCGAAGUCAUUUCAUGGCCGGAGUUGCUGCUGUCCAAAGACUGGACUCUCAACUUUGCAUAG